AAUCGAAUGAUUCUUUUAAAAAAUGACCAAUCUAUGUACUUCAGAAUAAUGCAAGUACAGAAUCUUAAUCAUUUUUCAUAAAUUUAUACGUAAGGUACUUGCACUAAUGAGGCCAUUAUUAUCUAUUCCAAGUAUGUACCUAGAUAUGUGCUCUAUUCUCUACGGCUGCACAGCAUAAAUAUAUCCAGCAGUAGGACAAAUGAAGCAUUACAAUUUUCGCGAGUGUUGAUCUUCAAUGCAUCACAAAUCUAAAUAAUUUUAUUGUACUCAUUCGACGCGUCAGUAUGUUCGAAAACCAAAACGUAUUCGCUGAUCUUCUUCCGGCUCUUCCCGCACAAGCUGAGGAAUCGGUAUUUAGGAUUUCCAACGUGGAAUACUGUUUGGCUGAGAAUGGAAAAGAACAUCAUACUUCACGUUACGAUAUCAUGAAUCGGCGAGUCUAUGGCACAGAUCAUCUAGUCGUCCGCCGUGGUCAACCCUUCAUAAUCAACGUGAGGGCUUCUCGCUAUUACAAUUCCAAUCGAGAUGAUAUUUGCAUUGUGUUCACUCCCGAAGACACUGAAAUGUCACGUAGAACAUACCCAGUCAUAACAGAAGUUGUGCAGCGAAAUGAAGUCUCCAGUGGAGCUUGGCGAGCCGAAAUUCAACAAGCCUACUCCAACAAUGUCCUUAGGAUAGCAGUUACUCCUGCGGCAAAUGCUCCUAUUGGAAAGUGGUACAUGAUGAUAAUGACAAGAACCCGCAAUUUGGAUGGUUGCCAAACAUUCCAAGCAGACCGCCCGUUUUACUUGUUAUUCAAUGCCUGGUGUAAAGACGAUCCUGUAUAUUUGGACGACGAAUCCGAGCGCGGGGAGUAUGUGCUAAACGAUACUGGACUGGUGUGGCUGGGUAAUGCUAAAGUAAAUUUUCCUGCGGCUUGGAGCUAUUCACAAUUCUCUAGCUGUAUUCUGGAAUGCGCUAUUUUCCUAAUAAGCACAAUCGCCGAACUUGGUAGCCUCGAACGCGGUGAUCCCGUCCGGGUGACUCGCGCUUUAUGCGAAAUCAUGAAUUUCACUGAUGAUGGCGAUGGCACCGAAGUAAUGGAGGGUAGGUGGGCGUUUGAUUAUUCAUAUGGUACUGAACCUACCAUGUGGAUGGGCUCCGAGGCUAUUCUUCAACAGUACUACAUGUACGGAAGACCCGUUAAGUACGGUCAGUGCAGGUCAAUUGCGGGUGUAUUGGCUACCCUUUUACGCGCUCUCGGUCUACCCUGUCGAGUGGUGACAAAUUUUGAAAGCCCUGAGGAUGACAAUAGAAGUUUGACCAUUGAUAAAGUCAUUGACGAAAAUAACGAGCUGGUUUACGGAUAUACGGACGAACACAUGAAGACAUGGAAUUACCAUGUAUGGAACGAGGUGUGGAUGAAGAGAUCGGAUCUUGCGCCGGAUUUUCACGGAUGGCAAGUGCUCGACGGUACCUACAAGUAUGGUCCAGCUUCAGUAGCGGCUAUCAAAAUCGGCGAUUUAAAAUUACCAUACGAUAUGCAGCCCAUUUAUGCAGCCGUAAAUGCUGAUAUGGUUUGGUGGAGACUUAACAGUUGGACCGGAUAUGGGGAAUGUAUAGGGUGUGAUGCCUCAAGAAUUGGUCAAAAGAUUAGUACAAAAGCAGUGGGUACACUAGAACGUGAAGAUAUAACUCAUAACUACAAGUACCCGGAAGGAUCAAAGAAAGAAAGAGAAAUCAACGAAAAAGUACUUUCUGUAUCUGCUGCAUCUGGAUCACCCUGGGCUCAAAUGUACCUCAAUGAACAGCAAAAAAUCGAUGACUUAAUAUUCAACUUGGAGUUGACCGAAGACUUGAUGAUUGGCCAACCAUUCAGCGUCACCCUAACAAUAAAUAAUGUUGGUCAAAUGGAAAUGUAUCGAGUCUCGGUGAAUUUAUGUAUAGAUAUAGUAAUGUACACAGGUCAAGAGUUUGCAAGGGUCAAGCAAUCUGACAGGAUACCAAAGAUCAUCUAUCCCAAUUCCAGUGUCCAGGAGCAGCUCUACAUUCACUGGGCUGAAUAUUACCCUCUACUCUUUGAUCAAUGUUCUUUUAAACUUUCAUGUUAUGCUACAGUCUAUGAUGUUGAUUUCACAUACAUUCACGAGGAAACAUUCUCUUUACAAAAACUUCACGUAAAAAUUGAGGUGAACAACGAACCAGUCGUUGCGAAUGCUGUUCAGGUGACGGCACGCUUCAAGAAUCCAUUGCCAAUACCCUUGACAGGGGGUAUGUUCUGCAUCGGAGGUGUGGAGCAGAUGGUCAUUCCAUUAUUAGGAGAUGUUGAGGUUGGAGGAGAAGUGAUUUGUCCAUUCCAAGUGACUCCUUUAUUUGAAGGAAAACAAAUGAUCAUUAUAAAAUUUUACUCGCAGGAGUUAAAAGACGUUGAUGGCUUCCAUGAAUUUAUUGUAAAAGGCUGCAAGGGCUGAGGCGGGGUGACUUUUUUGAGUAGGGGUAGGGCAAAUGAAAUGCUGAUCAGGGCAUGGAAGUAAUUCUGGGGAGUGCUCAAGAUAUGGGGGGGGAGAAGGAGGGUGUUUUUUGUGGGUCCUUUAAAAGACUGUACACACAUUUUGUCUCAGCUAAGGCUGGAAGAUGCUAGCGUAGCCAGGAUUUUUUCAAUGGGAGGAAAAGAACAGGAUUUUUGGGCAUGAGAAAGUCAAAAUUUGAAAUAAUUUUAUUAUACAAUUAUUUUAUAAAAAUAAAGAUACCUACAACUACCUACUGUUUUAGCGAAGCGAAAACGAAAAUUUUUCGAAAAAAUUGGCAAAUAGUUUCUGAGACUCAUCAAAUUGGGUGUCUGCCUGUUCUUUCUAACAGACUUAAUAUAGGUAAUGUUAAAAGUUCACAGAAAUGUUUUUUUUUUCAAAUAAAAAUUCGAGCAAAUUUUACAACAAAAAAAAAUUAUAAAAAUACGUAGGAAAAACUUGACUUAGUCAUUUUUCAGUGGAAAUAGGAAUCUUACUAUGGAUUUUCUAGUCAUGGCGCAAAAUUUCUUCUCGCUAGAACAUUGCGCUGGUUACCUACCCUGCCGUACGCUAUGACCCCGAAACAUUGAGUUGCCUAAUCAUAAUAAUCGUGGCUACCUAUGUAUUAAUUUUAAACAUGUUUAAUAAAGAGCUAAUAUGUAUCUUGAGAAGUUGAGAUGCUCUUCACUUUUUAAUUUAAUUUUGCAAAUUAGUACAUAGAAGGCAAUAAUUCGUAAAUGUACGACUUUGGUUUAUGUAUGUACUACUUUUUAUUUAAAUUUUGAUAAACAGAUCUAGGUCGGUACUACCUAUACCAGAAUUCAAAGAUUCAUAAUAAAAGUCGAGACUCUCAAAAAGUACAUGAUAUACAUGCCAAAGUUCGGUCUCCAACGUCGAUCUGGAAGGGCGGGUUCGUGUUUUACAAGGCCAA